AGCAAAGAGAAGCCCUAAUUAGGGCCUUCCUCCUUUCUCUCUGGCGAUGGCGAGCGAGCGAUAGCGCGGGAUUGACGAAAUAGGAUGCGGGAGGGGCGCCUUCUCGCCGCAAUCGCGAGGCGGUAUGGAUAUGGAUCUUCCUCAUGCAUUCACACGGCAGCUGAGACGUCUGGAUCCGCCAAGGAGGCGGUCGCCGCGGCAUUUCAGAAGCCACCGCUUCCUCCAAAAAUUCGCCUCACUUGGGGGCGUGUUUUAACUGGAACUUUGCUUGGAGCAGUCAUUGCUGGUGGAGCUUAUGUUGGUACUCGAGACGAGGCAACUAUCAGCGCAUGGACGUUCGAGGCCGCCAAGUAUAUAAAUCCUUUGUUCCGGCUUUUGGAUCCCGAGAACGCUCACAAGGUAGCGAUAUGGGCCUCCUCGCACUGCUUGUGUCCGAGAGAAACUAGGCCGGAUCCUCCCGUCCUGGAAGUGAGUGUUUGGGGGCGAACCUUCUCAAAUCCAGUCGGACUUGCCGCUGGUUUCGACAAGAACGCCGAGGCGGUCGAGGGAUUGCUUGGCAUAGGAUUCGGAUUUAUGGAAGUUGGCUCCGUAACUCCUGUCCCGCAAGAAGGCAAUCCCAAACCGAGAGUUUUCAGAUUACCGGAACAGGGUGCUAUUAUCAAUCGAUACGGUUUUAAUAGCGAGGGAAUCGUAGCAGUAGCGAAGAGGUUAGGAGCACAACACGGUAAACGUAGGAUGGCCGAGACGGUAAAUUCGGCCAUAACGACGAACGCGGAACAACGUGUUCUUGGUGGCAAGGCUGGUCCAGGGAUUUUGGGGGUAAACUUGGGUAAAAACAAAACUAGCGAAGAUGCCGCGGCAGACUAUGUCCAAGGUGUGCACACCUUGUCUCAAUAUGCAGACUAUUUGGUAAUAAACGUUUCAUCGCCAAACACACCCGGGCUGAGAAAACUUCAAGGCCGUAAGCAGCUCAAGGACUUGAUCAAGAAGGUUUUGGCAGCGCGAGAUGAGAUGCAGUGGGGUGAAGAGGGCCCUCCGCCGCUACUCGUGAAAAUCGCUCCCGACCUGUCAAAGCAAGAUCUUGCGGAUAUUGCCGCUGUGGCACUUUCGCUACGAUUGGAUGGCUUGAUAAUCGCUAACACGACUGUUUCAAGACCCGACUCAGUCAUUGGUCUCGUUCACGUGGAUGAAAUGGGGGGCCUUAGUGGGAAGCCUUUGUUCACCUUAUCCACGGAGGUUCUUCGAGAAAUGUACCAGCUUACGUGGGGUAAAAUUCCACUCGUUGGCUGUGGCGGUAUAAGCAGUGGAGAAGAGGCAUACGUGAAGAUUCGAGCGGGUGCCACUCUUGUGCAACUGUAUACUACUUUUGCAUAUGAAGGCCCAGCGCUUAUACCCCGAAUCAAAGCCGAGUUAGCAGCUUGCCUUGAAAGAGAUGGAUUCAAGUCUGCCCAGGAAGCAAUUGGUGCUGACCAUAGGUAGACUCGAAUCUAAAUCCUCACGCGAGAAAACACGAAGAAGUAUUGCACGCUCGAGUGCUUCAUAAGCAGUUUUCUCUUGCAGAUUUAAAGAGUGAAUAGCAGCUAAAAGCGAACUCUCUCUCUCGAAGUUUUGUACUUAACUGGGCUUAAAAGCCGAACAAAAUUUUCGAUAAUCUUCGUCACCUUUUUCGUGGGU